CGGGCGCCAGAGAAGUGGCAUCAUGGCGGCGUCCACGCAUAGCAUGAAGUGUGCAUUAAGGAAAGCCAUGACUCCGUCGUUGGUCGUCAUUUUGGGAUCUACCGGCACCGGAAAGUCCAAACUGGCGAUUGAAAUAGGAAAACGGCUCCAAGGAGAAAUAAUCAGCGCCGAUUCCAUGCAGGUGUACCAGGGUCUUGACAUCAUCACCAACAAAGUGACGGUUGAGGAACGUUCCCAGUGCAGGCAUCACAUGAUCAGCUUCGUGGACCCGUUGGUUAGCAACUACACUGUUGUGGACUUCAGGAACAAAGCUCUGACUCUAAUUGACAACAUGCAUAACCGAAACAAACUGCCAAUCAUUGUCGGCGGAACUAACUACUACAUUGAGUCCCUACUUUGGCAAGUGCUAUUGGACGCUGGGAAGGAGAGUUCAGCAGAUGGAGACACGGACAGGAAGCUGGAACUGGAGAAACUGGGAGAAGUUGAAUUACAUAAGCGACUCCUGGAAGUGGAUCCCAAAAUGGCUGCUAUGUUGCACCCGAAUGACAAGCGCAAAAUUGCCAGAAGCCUGCAAGUCUAUGAAGAGACAGGCAUUCCUCACAGCUCCUGGCUGGAGGAGCAGCGAUGCCAGCAGGGAGGGGAUGGCCUAGGGGGCCCGCUUAGGUACCCAGACCCUUGCAUCUUUUGGCUACACGCUGACAUGGACGCACUGGACAAGAGACUGGAUGCUCGUGUAGAUGAGAUGUUGUCCGUCGGGCUGAUAGAGGAGCUACAAGACUUCCAUGCACGCUUCAAUCAGAAGAAAGUCCAGAAUGACAGUCAGAACUAUCAGCACGGGAUAUUCCAGUCGAUUGGUUUUAAAGAGUUUCAUGACUACCUGACGGCGCCUGGAAGCACCACCCAGCAGGAGAGAGACGUGCUGCGAAACAAAGGUGUAGAAGCUUUAAAGAUGGCUACCAGGCGCUAUGCCCGCAAGCAGAACAAGUGGGUCCGCAACCGCUUCCUUAAACGACCGGGAGACAGCGUGCCAGCAGUGUACGGCCUGGAUGUGACGGAUGUGGCAAAAUGGGAGGAGACGGUGCUGAACCCUGCACUGCAGAUACUGGACAGUCUCUGCAAGCAUGAGGAGCCCACUGUUCCACCAAUCAGAGCACUGCGGGCGGAGCAAGUAAACAAACGCAGCCGCCAUACCUGCGACCUGUGCGACAAAGUGAUCAUCGGGGACCUGGAGUGGGCCGCUCACCUCAAGUCUAAGAAGCAUCACUUCCACGUGAGGAAGAAGAGGAAGACCGACGCUGAAUGCAACGGGUCUCAAAGCAAUGCUUCAUCUCCCGUAUCGGAUGUAGACAUUCAAACAAACCUCUCUGCUUUCUCACAGGACACCCACACAACACACUAGGAAGCUGCUGUGACAUUUACAAAGGUCCACAGGCUGUCAUCUACUAAGUCUUCAUUAAGUUUUGCACCACAUGGUCGCACUAGGACUUUUUUUUUUUUUAAUGCUUCCUGUGGAACUACAUGUCAACAUUUAUGUGUGAUGACAGACUCAUUUUACAAUGAUGAUGAGAGGUUUUUUUUGGACCUUUACUCAAACGGGUACAAAGGACUUUUUGUACCCAGGACACCAAGGAUGAUCAUACACUAUAUGGACAAAAGUACUGGGACAUGUAGCCGUUGUACCUCGAAAUAGAAUAAACAACGGAGUUUGCUUCUUUCUUUUGCAUCAAAAGGCAAGGCCGUCAUGUUUUAUUUACGGCACUCCAAAAGGUAAAAAGGACUUUUUUUUUUUUUUAACCUGUACACCAGGAAGGUCAUACACCAUAUGGACAAAAGUACUGGGACGUGUGGCCAUUGUGCCUGAAAAUGCAAGAAACUAUGGAGGUUUUUUUUCUUUUAGAACAAAAGGAAAGCCAGUCAUAAUUUAUUUCCUCAAAAGGGUACAAAGGACUUUUUCUAACCACUACACCAAGGAAGAUCAUAUACUACAUGGACAAAAGCGCUGGAACACAUGGCCAUUGCAACUGAAUGUGGAAGAAAACACUGUUUGGUUGUUUCUUUUGGAGCAAAAGGCAAGACAGUCAUGUUUUUGUUUUUUUAUUCAAAAGGGACUAAGGACUUUUGUGACCAGUUCCCCAAACCAAAGAUGAUACACUUCAUGGACAAAAGUAAUGGAACAUGUGGCCAUUGUGUGUGAAAGUAGAAGAAAAUAUGGCAAGAAGAUGGUACCGAGGACCUUUUGUGACCAGUUCACCAAAGAUCAUACACUGUAUGGACAAAAGUAGUGGCAUUUGUAGUGGCAUUGUGCCGUGAUGCACAAUAUGGAUGAAACUAUUGGGACACUUGGCCCAGGUCAAGACAGUCUGAGAAUCUUUUAUUUAUAAUAAAUAAGAACUGUUGAGGAACACUAUCAGGACAAAAGUAUUGGGACGCUUGGCCCUUACUCCUGUGACUGCAACUAAUACUGUGGAGUGAUCCUUUUUUGUAGCACCAAGAUUGAUUCUCUCUUUUGGGGCAAGGCAUCAGAACAAGUGGACUAUGUUUAAUUUAAAAGAAGGAAGACAUUUCUGGACACUAUAUGGAGAAAAAUAUCGGGGCAACUUGCAGCUUUCCACAACAUUUUGGCGGCAUCCGUGGGAUCUUUUCCAUCCUUGGAUUCAUUCGAACAAACAUUUUUGAGGUCAAGUUUGUUUUGUGGGAUGGGAAACAGAUUAGAGCCUUUCCCAAAGUGUUCAUACAAAGUUAGAAGUGUGGAAUUGUUCAAAAUGACUGCUUUAUUGCAGAAUUAGGAAGAAUUAAUGUGUCAAAGACAAUCACUGAUUAAUUGUUUGAGGUGCAUCUCACUAUUUGUUAAACAAAUAACGUGCCUUAUUGCCUUAGUGAUCUUCUUUAGUUGUUCCUAUUGACUAUUACAUCUUUAAGUCACCAGCACUUUAAUUGGAUAUUUACUUCAUUUAAAAAGGUUUAAUAAACAUUUGGGUGUUUCAUGGCACCACUGAUCAUUACGCAUAAACAACAUAACAGCAUAACCUCCUUGGCAGAGCGGUAACUAGCCUUUCACUUGCCAUACACCUUUAUUGCCCUUUGUGUGAUAACAACCAGCCUUGAGGAGCGGCCUUUGUCUCCCUGUGGAAGUCAGCUGAGCUCUGAUGCUGGAGUAGCGGGUCAAAUCUGUGAGGAGAGGAGUGUGUUUUCCCAGCAGUGAUUGCAGUGUCUUUGUUUAUCCAGCGCCACUGCUGCUGCUGUGAAAGCACUUACACAAUACCUGGCGUCCACCCAGAGGGGCCUCGUUUUCACGCUGCCUCACAUCACCUGCAUCCUCCCCUGCCCAUCCUGAAAAGCCGCAUUCUCAGCUCACACCGUCCCAUCACCUCGCACUUCUGAGACAAUCUGACGGCAUGGGGUCACCAUUUGUGACCUCAUCCACAUGACUGCAAAUAUCUCCUGCUGUAAAUAAGCAUGCGUGUCCCACUUUGAUAAACUGGGUCAGGCCUCAAGCUUACUGGGGGCUUACCAGUACAGUACAAGUCACAUUGUACAACAAGACCCUCACCAUAACCACAGUCUAGGCUCUUAUCAGGGAAUUGUAAGUACAUCAGAAUGUCCGAUAGCGUUAUGCAGUAAUUCAAUAUUCUGCUAACUACAUACAAUUCUAAUGAUAAUUACAUACAGUAUUUGGUUAUAUUUAUUUAGGCAUUUAUUAGUAAUGAUACAUAUUCUGGAUCGGCACCUUUCAGGGUUCUCAGUGAUACCUUUCAGACAAUAAAAAAACACAAUCGAACUAGAACUAGAAAAGCACUGGGAGAGCGCAGACUUCCGCCAUGCGCCAAAAUACUAAUCCUACAUUUUUGGCUCAGUUUUUCAUAUUUUGUAGAACCUGUUGGAAACUUUUGUGCUCUGACCAUUUUUUGUGGAGUUAUACAGUAUGCACAAAUGCCGAAAACGGUCCUAUCUCGCAAUGUUUAUAAAAAAAAAAUCCUGGAUACAGAUGAUGAUCCGGAUCACCCCCAAAAUUUUAUCAAUUCUUCCAUAUCCCAUUUCCGACAAUUCCUGAAAAUUUCAUCCAAAUCCAUUCACAACUUUUCAAGUUUUUUUUAACACAAACAAACAGAUAAAUGCCAGAAGAAAGGAUUUGAAAAGGAGUGGGGAAGAAGGACAAAGUAAGAAGCCAAAAACUUACCACGUCCACACGGAACGGGUGAACUUUUUUCGCUCUAUCAUGUGGGACAUGCCAUGGCUGACUCCAUGCAGUGUUAAGGUACAGUAAUGUAAUCUAUGUAACAUCACUGAUACCUAAGUGACCAGAAUACUACAUAGAACUUGUCUUUUCAACAUUUUUUGACGAAUAAUAGGCUAGUGGGCCACACGGUGGUCUAGUGGUUAGCAUGUUGGCCAUACAGUCACAGUCAGGAGAUCGGGAAGACCUUGGUUCGAAUCUCCGUUGGGCAUUCCUGUGUGGGGUUUGCAUGUUCUCCUCGUGCGUGCGUGGGUUUUCUCUGGGUACUCCGGUUUCCUCCCACAUUCCAAAAACAUGCAUGUUACGUUAAUUGGCAACUCUAAAUUAUGAAUGUGAGUGUGAAUGGUUGUUUAUAUGUGCGACCAGUCCAGGGUGUACCCCGCCUGUCGCCCGAAGUCAGCUGGGAUAAGCUCCAGCAUACCCCCGUGACCCUAAUGAGGAGAAGUGGCAUAGAUGGAUGGACAGGCUAUAGUCAACAAACAGCAACCAUUCAUUAUUUAAUUAAUUUUCCAAAAAAAACUGAUAGAGUGAGGGAACGAUGUUUGAACCACGAUGUAGCAAGGGGCGACUGUAGUCCAAAAAAUAACUGACAUUGAAACUGAAAAUUUGAAAAAUAAAAAAGGAGUCCCUUUUAAGUUUUGAAACUUGUAUGGAAUGGAAGAUGCAGUAUUGUUGUAAAUGCACAAAUGAACGCCUCCGUCUAAUGAACGGGCUCUCUAAUUAGCGCAGAGUCAGACAACAUUAGCAUCGACAGAUGUGGCUGUAGGCAACCUCCUGAUGUGUGUUUUUUUUUAAUCAACGCCACAAGAUGGCAGUAGCCACUUUUCGAGUAUCACUAUAAGCGGUCAGCAUCUAGCAGUUUUAUCUACCUCUGCAUGCGCUUCAGCUAUUACAACAUGGGCUCUGUUACACAGUACUGCGCCAUCUUCUUAGCAGCUUUCAUAAGUUGUUUAACAGUGGCACUUUUGGUCCGCAGCUAAUUGUAUUGCGGGGAAAAAGCAGAAAAUGAGUGAGUGAAUGGAUCAUUUGUUUUUACUUAACCUUGCUAUGUCAACUGCUGCUUUUUAUAACCCUCUUUUGUCUGGAUGACUCCUAUUUCCUUCCUCCUGUUGGAUGUUUUUAUAAAUUCCAGCUUUGUUUUCUUUCUCCUUCCCUUUCCCGCUCUUUAGUCAUCCUUUUAUACAAUCGUACAUCAUGUUCUGUUUGAAGAGGUUUUAAAUGGGGGGGGGGGACAGCAUACAUUAUCAGCCAUGUGCUGCGAGGUACAUUAGUGGACUGGUAUGUUGAGCAUGUCAGCUGCUUUGGCGUGACACCUCCAGGCGUUGCUAAAUAACCCCACUUUAAAGAAGAAGAAGAAGAAGGCUGCAGCAAUUCAUUGAAGCUUCCACCCCUGUUGACCUGAACAUGCCCCCGCAGAAGUGGAAAAGUAGCACAGCAUGCUGGGUCACAAGGCUAAUUAGUGAUUUGCACAGGCUCAGGCAGUGAAUCAUCUAUGCACAAAGUCCCAGCACACCAAAGCAGCACUUAAAAUGAGAACCCUACAACUCCACGCUUACAAAUAAAUGCUGUUUUGUCAUUCAUGGAUGAUUUGCUGCUGCAGAGGGCCUCCACAGUCACUCAGUAGUCUGUUUGUGUCUCUCUUGCCACUACCCAAUCCCUUCCUAUACGUUCACAGAGCGUGCGCUGUCCUAUACAUGAGGCCCAUGCUGGGGGAGCUGCAGCCCGACUUACGUAACACAGGCUGCAGCUUAUAGAUGCUUAUUGUGUGUCUAGCCUGUUUGCCCUAAAUUCAUAGCUCCGGCUUGUGGCUUUUCAUGUAUACCGUUUACAUGCAUACAUACUGAUGGAUACAUGUCUGGAAAACACAUAAGACACUCACUUUCUUUCUGCCCAAACUGUGUCUGUAUUGGUUGAUAUUGGAAUCGGAAAUUGAGAGUUGGACAAUAUCGGCAUAUUGGAUAUCGGCAAAAAAGCCAAUAUCGGACAUCCCUAAUAAUAUAACAUAAUCCAUAGCUGUCUUAUUUUGGGGGAAAAUGUCUAAAUUGUUAUAGAAUGAGAACGAAAAGUUCUCGGGCAUUCAAUCGAUCAUAACUGGACUGUUCAAGUUGUCUUAACGUUUUUCCUCCCAUCCGAACAGGCUUUAUCACUUCAGUACUAGUAAAUCUUAAUUUUUGCACUGCAUGCUGACAAGCAGAAAUCGUUCUAACAUUGCAUCUUCUAUGAAUUGGCAUGCAUGCAGUCUCUCCUUGCAUGUCAACAUGCAGCCCACCACCCACCCACCAGGGCCUGCAGUUUUACUGCACAAACUAUUUGCAAUCAGAAUGAAAUAAUCACAACGUAAUGCCUAUCAGACGUUGCUGAACAUCCAAGUCCUCUCAGAUAGUACUGUCUCAUCCAGUGACUGCGCGUCUAGGUAAUUUCAAGUCCCACUUAAUCCUAAUCUCUAAUCCCAUUGGACUAAACAUUCUCCACCAUCUGGCCCUGGCGAGACGAGAAAACGCGCCUGCACGCACUGAAGCCUGCGGGCUCACAUGCGAGCGGCUAAUCAUGAGCAGCCUGUUUGCUGUCAAUAAGAACAAAUUGUGGAAUAAUUCAGUAAAAACACUACUACUAGUGAGAAUUCUGUGAAUAAUACAUGUCAUUUGUCUGUCGACACACCACAUUUGUGUUUAUAUCAGAGUGAAGGACAUCUUUGUCAAACGUGGUUUGCUGCAAGUCUCCUAACUGUCAUUUGUCAGUCUUCCAUUUGUGUGUGUGUGUGUGUUCUCAGACAUCAUUUUCUCAUUUACAGCCUUUUAAACAUUGAUGUGUGUGCGUGUGUGUGUGCUGUCCACCAGGAACACAAUUCGGAAGUUGCGUAACUGAGCGGGAAACACAACACUCUCUCAGGUGUUAGGAGUGCUUUGUCUGUAUGCGUGUGUCCGUCACUGUCUGCCCAUGCAUUAUGGAUCACACCCAACGUCCCCAUGAAGUGUGAUGUAUGCAUCGGAAGCCAAACGCAGGCUAUCAUUUAUUGAUACGUGUGGAGGCAUGAAUGGGGUUCAAUGAGUUCAUGCAGCACUCACAGUCACACACGCGCACGCACACACACAGUGGCCAUAACAGAUAAAAGUGUCAGGACGAUGAGAAGAAGAAAUGUGAUUAGAUGAGAAAAGCCAUUAAGUUUCAUAGGUGCAGUGGACGCAUGGUUGCCUAUAGUCUUUCUUUCGCUCUCUCUCUCUCUCUCUGCUGCAUAUUUCCUGCUUGGUUAUGUAAUGUGGGCCGCUCGGUACUUUUUUCCCCCUCGUCUCCAAAGCCUCACAUGCUUUCCUGUUUUUUCCAGCAACCCAGUGAACUCUCUUACCACACACGCAUACUUAUUAUUUACACUUUAACCUUUUGCUUGUGUUUCUUCUACCUAACCGUGUGUGUGUGCGCGCGUGUGUGUGUGUGUGUGAGAUAGAGAGAGAGAGACAAAAGAGGCAGUGCGUGUCUGGCUUUCUCCUUUGUCGUGGGUGGGUGGGACGCCGGCGUUUUUCCCGCCAGUGCAGUGUUUUGUGGGAGGGGUUUUUGGCCCGGCGCUGAGCGGCAACAAAGAGCCACAGCUUCCCGCCUGAUAUGUAAAUCAAGUCCGAGUGGGCGGUACCGGGAGACUCCCCUUCUGCAGCGCUUAACGCGUUCAUUGCCAGAGUGCAACUAGUAUGCGAGGAAGCGUUUUUGGUUUGAUAUUUGAGCAUUAAAGGUCCCUUGUUGUGCAAAAGUGACUUGUUCAUGAUGAUCUAAAGCAGGGGUGUCCAAACCUUUUCCAGCAAGUGCCACGUACUAAAAAAACGAAAGGAUGCAAGCACCACUUUGAUAUUUUGUAAACCAACACUUUAUGCUCAGACGUUCUGCAUAUUUCAAGAAAAACCUGCAUCUCAGCUUUGUGAUAUAUUUAAAAAAAACAAAACACAACAGUAUUAUUAGUAGAACGUCGCUUGCUGCUGUUUUUAUUUUCAAAUAUUUCCACUUUCUUCUCAAAUAAUCUUUGUAAGUUUUCUUCUCGUAACAUUUGUCUUUAUUCCCAUAAUAUAACUUUUCCCAACCUAAUUUUCCAAAAAUUAAACUUUAGUUUUUGGUUGUGAAAUUAUGACUUUUUUUAAUAAUUUUUUUUUUCUUUAAUAUUUCAACUCCAUGCUACUA